AUGGCAGCUUUGGCUCAACCUCCGGCCGCAGUCCCGUCAGGCUCUGAUAUCCCGACCUACUACCAAGUCCCAGAGACGUCUUAUGAUUUGGACUGGGCGGACCUCGCCACCUUGGAUUUAUCUCAGUUUGACCAUCCCGGCGGUAAGGAGCAGUUGGCCAAACAACUUUUCGACGCCAUCCAAAAAAUAGGCUUCUUUUAUAUCAUCAACUUCGGCCUCUCGCAGGAAGAAGUUGACCGUCAAUUCUCUAUUGGAAAGGAGAUUUUCAAGCUCCCACUCGAGGAGAAACUCAAGUAUCGUGCCGAGCUUGAGAAAGGUGGCUACAAUGGCUACAAGCCAAUGGGUCUCCGGGAAAUAAGUCCAGGAGUGUUUGACAAGACGGAAAUCUACAACAUUCCAAAAUUCAUUCCCGCCCUUGAACGUGAUCAACCGGAAAUUGUGAAUCAGAAUCGUCCUGUUAUCGAGGGCUUUGCACGUCAUAUUCAUAACGAAAUCGUGGGCAAACUUCUCACACUCUUCGCCAUCAUCCUUGAGCUGCCCGAGGACUACUUCCUCAAAGUACACCGCUACGAGGAGAAGAGUGACUGUCACUUGCGGUACAUGAAGUACCACCGCCGCUCUGACGAAGAGAACGAGAAAGCCGGGGGCGUCUGGUCCAAGGGCCAUACCGACUUUGGCAGCUUAACGUUGCUGUUCCGCCAGCCUGUUGCCGCACUGCAGGUUCGCACCCCGGAGGGCGAGUGGAAGUGGGUGAAGCCGUAUCCAGGCAGCAUCACGGUGAAUCUUGCUGAUUCACUUCAUUUCCUCACCAAUGGCUUUCUCAAGAGCAGUAUACACCGUGUCGUGGCGCCCCCAUCAGAUCAGAGAGACAUUGACCGCCUCGGUGUUUUGUACUUUGUCCGGCCAGAAGAUAACCUCGAGCUGCGGCCGGUGGCGAGCGAAGUACUGCAUCGCUUGGGAUAUGAUAAGACAACUGAUAACAGUGCUGUUGGCAUCACUGCUGGUGAAUGGGUGAAGGCUCGAGUGGCCAAGGGAGUCGACAAAGGUGUGGCACGGAGUGAAAUUGGAGACCAGCCUAUUAUCGGUGGUGUGGUAGCCAAGUAUUACGACUAA